AUGCGUGGACUCCCCCAAAUCAUCCUAGGACCCCCAAAUCGUCCUGGGACCCCCCCAAAACUGCUCUCCCCCCCCCAAGCACCCCCAGAUCCCCCCCCGGUAACGGGGAUCCCCAACCCUGCACGUACUCGGCCUCAGCAGCCCUCCAGGGCCCCCCCCGAGCCCCCCCCCAGCCCUUCACAAAUCCCCGGGGGCUCCCCGCGGCCUCCAGCGGCCUCCAGAAGCCUGCGGCGGCCCCCGUUUCCAUGGCAACGGCCCGCCGGAAGUGGCUUCUGGUCCGUCGCCCUCACGGGUCCGGCCCCCGCCGCGGGCGCCGUCGCUUUGGUUCCACGGCGCCGGGACCGAGCCCGCGGCCAUGGGGCGCCGGGGCCCCGCGGGCCCAGCUGCAGGCUGGAGUUCACCGUGCAGAUGAGCUGCGAGAGCUGCGCCGAGGCCGUGCGGGAGGCGCUGCGGGGAGCCCCAGGCGUGCAGCUGCUGGAGGUGCGGCUGGAGGCGCAGACGGUGCUGGUGGAGGCCGAGCUGGCGGCUGAGUGUGUGCGGGAGCUGCUGGAAGCCUCGGGGCGCCGCGCGGUGCUGAAAGGCAUGGGGGGCGCCGAGGACGCCAGCCUGGGCGCGGCGGUGGCCGCUCUGUCCGGCCCCGGCGGGGUGCGGGGCCUGGUGCGGUUCCUGCAGGUGUCCCCGCAGCGGUGCCUGGUGGACGGGGCCAUCGACGGGCUGCAGCCGGGCCCCCACGGGCUGCACGUGCACGAGUUUGGGGACUUGUCCCGCUCCUGCGACAGCUGUGGGGACCAUUUCAACCCUGACGGGGAGUGCCACGGGGGACCCGAGGACGAGCACCGGCACGCUGGGGACCUGGGGAACAUCUGGGCGGACGCCGAUGGCCGGGCAGCCUUCCGCAUGGAGGACUCGCGCCUGAAGGUCUGGGACAUCAUCGGGCGCUCGGUGGUGGUGGAUGCAGGCGAGGACGACCUGGGCCGCGGCUCCCACCCGCUGUCACGGGUGACAGGGAACUCGGGGCCAAGGCUGGCCUGUGGCGUGGUGGCGCGGGCGGCCGGGCUCUUCCAGAACCCCAAGCGCGUCUGCAGCUGCGACGGCCUCACGCUGUGGGACGAGCGGGACCGAGCCGCCCCCGGACCCCCCCCGGCCCCCACCCCGCACCUGUAGGGGCAGCGAGGAAUCAGGGGUUUAUGUGAGAAACCGGAGCGUGGGUUUGUGUAAAAAUAUAUAAUUAUACCAUCUGAGGAGAAACCGAGUGCGAAUUUAUAGGAUAAAGUGUAAUUAUGGGAUCUGAGGGGAAACCAGAGCGCAAAUUUAUAUGAUAUAGUUGUAUGGUCUGAGGGAAAAAUGGAGCGCAAAUUUAUCUAAAAAAUAUAAUUAUAUGAUCUGAGGGAAAAACAGUGCAAAUUUGUAUAAAAAAUAUAAUUACACAGUAUGAGUGGAAACCAAGUGUGAAUUUAUAGAAUAAAGCAUAAAUAUACGAUCUGGGGGGAAAUUGAGUGUAAAUUUAUAUGAUAAAGUAUAAAUAUAUGAUCUGAGGAGAAACCACAACACAGAUUUGUAUAGAAAAAUGUAAGAUCUGAGGGGAAACCGAGUGUGAAUUUACAUGAUAAAGUGUAGUUGUACGAUCUGAGGGGAAACUGAGUGAAAAUUGAUAUAAUACAGUAUAAUUUUGCAAUCUGAGGAGAAUCCGGAGUGCAAAUUUAUAUAAAAAAAUACAAGUAUACAAUCUGAGGAGAAACCAGAGUGCAAACUUCUGCGAUAAAGUGUAAUUGUAGGAUCUGAGGGGAAACUGGAGUGCAAAUUUAUAUUAAAAAUUAUAAUUAUAGGAUCUGGGAAGAAACUGGAGUGAAAAUUUAUAUAAUAAAGUGUAAUUGUACGAUCUGAGGGGAAACCAGAGUGUAAAUUUAUAUGAAAAAAUACACAUAUAUGAUCUGAGGAGGAACUGGAGUGCAUAUUUUUAUAAAAAAAUACAAAUAUACGAUCUGGGGAGGAACCAGAGUGCAUAUUUUUCUAAUAAAGUAUAAUUAUAUAAUCUGAGGAGAAACCAGAGUGUGCAAAUGCAUAUAAUAAAGUGUAAAUAUGUAUAAAAAAAUAAAGAUAUUUGUAAUAAAGUGCUCUUUCCGCCCCGCAGCCUCCUCGGGCCCCCUCAGAACCGGCCCCGCGGCCCCUUUAAGAGUGGGCGUGGCCUAGCGCGGCUUCGCUCUCCCG